AUGGCUAAUUCCAAUAACUUCCCUAUUGAUAUCACGAUUAAUAUACUCCUAAAUAUUCCAAGGAAAUCACUUGUAAGGCUCAAAUCCGUUUGCAAAUCAUGGCGUUCUCUAAUUGAAGAUCAUCAAUUCACCAAGCACCAUUAUUACCUGAACCAAAUCAUAAAGGGCUUCAAAACAGAACGAGACCACUCGAUUGACGACACGAUUAUUGAUCCUCCUUCCGUAAUCAGUCAUCAAUUGGCCCUAAAAUUUAUCAAUUCUAACAUCAAUGGAGUUUUUCUUCUAGUUGUACCAUUGCCUGACAAAAUCGUUUUCUGGAACCCGGAGAACCUCAGUGAAUCAGCAUCAAUCUCCCGGGUCCCAAAUACGACAUCGUUUUCUCUAGGAGAAUGGAUUUAUUUUGCUAAAUUUUCGUUACCUUUUAAAGCUAAACCUUGUUGGAAUAAGCUGGACUAUCUGGAAGUUUGUAGUAUGAAGAAGAAGGAAGAAUCCAAGAAUAGCUCGUGGAAAAAAAUGUUAAAAAUUGAAGAACCAGGUCCUGUGUUCCUUAAAAAGGGUAAUACUAAAGAUUUUUUGUUUUUCAGGAGCGAUAAAAAUGGAUUUGUGGUGAUUUAUGAUUCGAAGACUCGAGAGUUGAAUGAAUUUGCUGAUGAAAUAAUCAAAUCAAAACGAAAGUUGAAAGAAUUCGGAAUUGCUGGGACUCAAGUUUCACUUUUCAUUGAUCGAACAUAUGCAGAGGCAUUAAUUUCUUCUAAUGAUGAUACUCUGUAUUAG